UGCUCUUAUACUAGUACUGCAUCUGUCAUUGGCUGGGCUCACUAGCUCGAGCAGCAUCAUGUGGGAUGAUUGAGUCAUCCCCCACCUUGACAGUCCCACCACUACCAUUGCUAACAGCUUUCAGAAACCAUUACAUUCAUGCUAAUUGGUAUAUUCUCCAACAUGGGUGAGAUAUACGAACUGCACAUUUACUAAACCGCUCUAGAUCCACCCAACACACCCCUCAAGCAUAGUACCACUCGAACCCCAGACCCCUACACCCCAAAAUGUCAUCCAAUAUUCGACUCGCAACCCACAAAGACCAACACACCAUCGAGGAAAUCAUCCAAGAGGCCUUCUCCAUCUAUAUACCCCUCAUUGGGCGGAGACCGCAACCGAUGCUGGACGACUAUACCCCCUGAUCAAUAACAGCCAUGUCUACGUGGUCGAGCGCGACAAGGAGAUCAAAAGCACUGUGAUGCUUGUUCGUGAGCCGGAUGCUAUGUUAGUGGAUAAUAUUGCUGUCGCUGAGUCUGCUCGGGGUACUGGAUGGGGUCGGAAGAUGCUCGAGUACGCUGAUGAAGCGGCCCGACGGGCAGGAUAUCAUACGCUUCGGCUGCAUACGAAUGAGGUGAUGGUGGAGAAUAUUGCUAUUUAUACUCGAUUGGGAUAUGUGGAGACGCAUCGGGUUGAGAAUAAGGGGUUCAAAAGGGUUUAUAUGGUGAAGAAUUUGGGGUGAUGGAGUUGAUGGCUGUAGUUAUUGAGAUGGAGGUUCUGAUCGGUGGUAGGGUGGUUUUGGUGUGGUCUUUGCACUGGUUGGAUAUAGAACUUCGGUGUACUUGUUCAUAGAGCAUAUGUUUUUAUGUAGAUACUUACGGCUUAUCUUGUUGCUGCUUAGCUGUUGUUGUUAUGGUUCAGAUGUGAUGUGUUGAUUUAGUCACACUAGAUCUGAAGAUAGACAUGCUGCACUUCUGAUGCACAUAAGAUUAAUGUAGGCAAGAAAACACCAGUCUGA